ACUUCUUCAAUUUUCUACUCUCUUCGUGGCUGUUUACAUUUGGAUACCGCAGACUUCCCAGAAGUCUUCUUCUCUGAUUCUGUCUUCCCGAGGCGGGAAGAGCAGACUGUUCCCCGAAAAUAUAGAAGGGACGGCCGGAAGAGAUUCAGGAGGAGGUGAUGGGGGAGGAGAAGCCGCCGCCGCCGCCGCCGCCGCCGUCGUCGUCGUCGUCGUCGUCGUCGAUGAUCGCCAUGGCGAGCAGGGAGAGGGAGAGGGAGCGGGAGCUGCUCAUCCCCGUCGCCGACGCCUACGAUUCCGACUCAAAUCCCUCCUCCGCCGCCGCCGCCGCCGCCGCCGCCGCCGCCCACCGCUCCUCCGGCGCAGAGUAUAGAUUAACCUGCCGUGGGACAGGGGCAUGCCGAUUGGAGCACAAAAUGUGCCGUGGCGUGAGACAUGCUGAAACUCGGCACAGUCGACAUGCCCCUCGUAAGGAGCCCAUUUUAUGUGUUGGUGAAUAUUGGCACAUGGCAUAUAGGCGUUGCUUUGGUCGACAUGGUCGGCACAUGCCCGCUGUGCCGAUUGGCAUGGCAUUUUAUAGCAUUAUUCGCAGUUGGGCAUCAAAAAAGUUCAUGACUGGAUGUGUUAUCUUGUUUCCGAUUGCAAUAACCUUCUAUAUCACCUGGUGGUUUGUUCAUUUUGUGGAUGGGUUUUUCUCUCCAAUAUAUGCUAACCUUGGAAUCAGCAUAUUUGGGCUUGGUUUUGUAACUUCCAUAACAUUCAUUUUCCUGGUUGGGGUGUUCAUGUCCUCCUGGCUUGGAGCAUCCGCACUUAGCCUCGGAGAGUGGUUUAUCAAGAGAAUGCCAUUUGUGCGGCAUAUUUACAAUGCAUCCAAACAAAUUAGCACUGCCAUAUCACCUGAUCAAAAUACGCAAGCCUUCAAGGAAGUUGCCGUCAUAAGGCAUCCCAGAAUCGGUGAAUAUGCUUUUGGGUUCAUUACUUCGACGGUUGUCCUUCAGACUGAUUCAGGUGAGGAGGAGCUAUGCUGCGUCUACGUUCCCACCAACCAUCUGUAUAUUGGUGAUAUAUUCCUGGUCAAUUCCAAGGAUGUUAUUAGGCCAAACUUAUCCGUCCGUGAAGGAAUUGAGAUUGUAGUCUCGGGGGGCAUGUCGAUGCCCCAAGUACUAUCAACACUAAUCCCAAAUAGUAUCCACGCGGACAAAACUAGGCCGAGUCGAAGCUGACAUAUGCUAAUACACGCAUCCUUUGUUUUUCUUUGUUAGUUUGAGCCAUCAGCAUUAGCCAUGUAUCGCUUGGUUUCUAUUUCAGUUUGUCAACUCUCGAGUUUUCGUGGUUUUCGAGCCAGGCAAAUACUGAUGGCAUGUAAAAUUCUUUUUACUAUGAAUUUUAUUUAUGUGUACAAUAUAGGUGAAUCAGAAAGUUUACUACGGCUCAAUAAUCUGUAUCAUUUUUUUUUCCAGCUGCUGUGUGGUUGUGUUUUACAGCAUUUGCUUUCUGAGCCUUCUGUAGUAUUUUAUCUCCAUCUUGAAUAUUGGAAAUAUGGUGGUUUCUAUGACCGAAAAGCUUGUUUCUUGUUC